AGGUAUAUUUAUAUGGACUAUAUAAAUAAUAUAUGAUGAUGGUUUGAAAGUGCAAUCUGCUGUCUGGACAAUUUACUUUUUAAACAUUCCAACAAGGAGUCAACAUCUUUACCAAUGGCAUCGUUUCUACGUUUAGUUGAAGAUAAUAAUUCCUCUGAUGAUGAAGAGAUGUUCCCGUUGUCCAACCAACCAUCUACUGUCCCUGAAACAAGCAGGAAUCGACAAUUUUCGAUUGUAACGGUUUCCGACAAUGAUUUACCACAAAACGAAGCAGCCACGCGUGCUGUUAGAUGGCUUAUAAGCAACGUGACUGCGAACUCAGCUUCAAGGGAGUCAUCGUCCAAUUUAUCGAACCAACGACGCACAAUUGACCUUACUUCAGACAACCCCGAUGAAGAUUGGGGGAACAACGAUGACACUGAAAAUGCUGACUCAAUAUUAGGUUUAUCUGAGGAUUCCUCCCCCAUAUUAGGUUGGGUGCGGCCAGGUCGAGCCCCGUUCAGGUUACAUGUGGCGUCCUCAGAGGAAAGUGAAGCCGGUACAUUGGUGGAGGGAGAUGCAUCCGAUAGCGAAGUUUCCAAUCAAGACAGUGAAAGAUCGAGUGAAACAUCAAGGUUGGAGGAAGAUGGAGUUCCCAGUGAUGCCAGUUCAUCAACAUUAACUAAUUCUGCAGUGUUGCCGGAACCAGAGUUUCCAACACCAGUGUUGCCGCAACCAGAGUUACCAACACCAGUGUUGCCGCAACCAGAGUUACCAACACCAGUGUUGCCGCAACCAGAGUUACCAACACCAGUGUUGCCGCAACCAGAGUUACCAACACCAGUGUUGCCGCAACCAGAGUUACCAACACCAGUGUUACCCCGACCGAUAUUAGAACCAGUAUUGACUGAUGCAUUACAAGGCAAUGAGCUCGCAUCACAGCAAGACUUCUUAUCCUCCUCACGAUGGAAACAACACAACAAGAGGAAGCUUUCCUCACCUUCUGAGGCGUGUAGUCCGAAGAAAGUGAAAGAGAAUUCCCAAGGAAGCGAAUCAGAUGAUGAGAUGAAUUGUCCCAUAUGUUUUGAACCAUGGACUAAUAGUGGGAAACAUAGACUCGUUUCAUUGAAGUGUGGUCACUUGUUUGGUCAGAAAUGCGUUGAACGUUGGUUGAAGGAAUGCCAUCAGAAGUGCCCGCAGUGUAAUGUGAAGGCUAAGAAAUCUGAGGUUCGAGUGAUUUACGCAAAGAAACUGAAAGCUGUCGAUACAUCGGAGCUGGAAAACGCAAUAAAGGUUGCCGAUAAAGUGAAAGCAGAGAAACGUGAACGAGAAAUGGAGCUUGCUAAAGUAAGAAUGCAAUAUGAGAUGGCUAUGGAAGAAUGUAAUCGACUCAAAAGUAAAGUUACCGUUCUAAUGGACAACCAACCCACCCACCCAACAACCACAAGCCAACAACAAUCAUCCAAUCAAACAAACAACGGGAAAUUCUUCCAACUUUAUAAAAACAUCGUCAUCACCCCAUCAGGAGGUUGUAGAGUGAUGGACUUUGAUAAAAGGUCGUGUCAGUUCGUGAUCUCGCAACCAAGUCCUCGUUCAAGGUUCAUGACAGGUUUUGGGGUGAAGAGAUUAAGUGGAAUGGAUUUUAAAAGUGGUUGUUUCACGUUGUUGCAUCAGAAGGUUAUAAAAGAUCUUCGUUUCAAUCCUUUGUGUGAGAAUCAACUGUUGUCGGCCUCGCAGGAUGGAACCCUUCGUAUUACUGACAUGUUAAGCAACUCCAAAGUUCACGAAUACAAAGUUGGGAAACCAGUGUGGAGCUGUUGUUGGGACACUAACAAUAGAAACAUUAUAUAUUCUGGGCUCAAUAAUGGCUCCUUCAUGCAGUUUGAUCUUCGUAAUACCUCGGAAGCCAUGUCUACCAUGGAAAACACAUGGUCCAGAUGCCCCGUAGUUUCCCUCUACCACGUACCACCCACAGCCAACGACAAAUUCCAGGGUCGCGGUGGUUUGUUCAGCGCUACGUUGAAGGGGGCGUGCUUCUGGCAAGAUACGAUGGAAUCCACGGAAGAAUCGACUUCUUUCAUCUCCAACUUCAAACCAACAUUCCUCCCCCUUGAAACUGGUAGCUGUGCAGGUCUAUGUUACAACCCAUCAACCAAUCACUGUCUUGUGACAUUUAGACCAGGUGGUAGUUACAGGAAGACAACCCACUUGCUUGGUGAGCUACAGUCAAUGGUUGGAACCGAUGGUGGGAAAAGAAUAAGUUGUAAUAUUGUGGAGACAUUUUAUGGAGGUCAAACACAUAAGAUGUUGACCAGGAAUUCCUUGCAUGUGUUGCCAUUGAAUGGAGGUGAUACAUUACUUGCUUGUGUUGGAGAUGAACCAAACAAGAAGGUCCAGGUAUACGACGUGAACAGGAACAAGUUGGUCCAAUGCUUGCCGUGCGACAAUGCUCCUCCACUUGAUAUUUUAAACACUAAUAUCUCUAAUAGGAAUGUAAUAGCUGCCCUGACAGACACAACUUUAAAAGUUUUUGCGUUGGAUUAACUUCCAAUUCCCUCUCACUUAUAUUGCUAUGCAAACAGUGUUUUAACGAAAGCCGCUGCAUUUACUAAAAGAAACUUUUCUUUAA